AGGCCUGGCGACAGCGACAGUUCGACGCCGCCCUUGAUGCUGGAGGUGGCAGCGCUGCGGGCGGAGGCGCUGCAGCUGCGGCGCCUUGCGGAGCAACAGCACCAGCAGGCUGCCAGCGCGUCCUCGCGCUUCCGCGGGGAGCUGCGGACGCUGAGGCAAAGCCUGCGGGAUGAGGGCAUUCUGGAGGACGCGCUGGAGGUUGAGGCAGAGCCAGAGGAUCCGACCAAGGAGCUGCAGGAGGCACUGGCGCUGUCGCAAGGUGUCUCGGAGGAGCUCCUCAGCGAGGCGGAGGCGUUGCGGCGGAGUUUGCAGGAGGCGGAGGGAGCCUUGGAGGAGAAGCGGCAAAGCCAGCAGCGGUCCGAGGACUCCUUCCUGGAGUGCCAGGAGGCGGCGGCGCGGCUUCGGGGGGAGCGGGACACCGCGCGCUCCGAGCUGGAGGAGCUCACCACCCUGGCCAGCGCCUUCAAGGGCCAAGCGGAGGGGGAGAUCUGCGAGCUCCGGUGGCUCCGGCUGAGCGUGAAGCUGAUGCGGCAGGAAGACGCGGACACCCUUGAGAGCCUCAAGGAGAGCUGGUCACACGGCAACCGCAAGUGGCAGGCUUCCACUCGCACCCUGAGGGAGAAGGUCAACCAACGCACCGCCGAGGUCGCGAAAGGAGACCAGGCGAUGCACGCCUUGGAGGAGAAGGUGGCGAGCCAGGGGGAGCAGCUGCAGAGCUUCACCGCGGCGGCGCUCCAGGAGCUGCGCCAGGCGCAGCAGACCUGGGAGGCGCAGCUGCAGACGGAGCGGACCUUGCGGCAACAGGUGGAGGCAAAGCUGCGGGACGAGACAGCGGUACCAGAGGCGCUGAAGCCUCUGGAGCCUGUGGCACCUGAGGCACCUGAGGCGACGGGGGACAUGGCGUCCAGCCUUGAGAAGGAGCGCCAAGAGGUGCGGCGGCUGCAGAGCAAGCUGGCCGAAGCAGAGCAGACGAUUGGCCAGCUGGUGGUCAGCAAUAUGCCGGAGCCCACCAAGGCGCCUAAGUCGCAAAGCCUCCGCAGCCGGACGCGCUCCGCACUGCUCUGACGGGCGGCGAGCCGAGACGCAGAGCUUCUUGAGCCUCGGCGCAAGUGGUGUGUGGCGCUUCCCGGCGCUCUUUUUCUCGCGUGGCAAGUGGUGCAAGUGG